UGUCGGUCAUUUUCUGUGUGCGCGCGCGCGAUACGGAGAUGAGCGUUUAGCGGCAUAGCACCACGUGACAGCCCAGGGGAAAAAAAUCUGCUUGUGGUGACGCAGGAAAGUGUUACGUAUUCGGUACAACAAGUCCAAGAUUGUUGGAGAGGUGGCUAGCAUAGCUCUCCAUUCAGGUGGUGUUUGCAGAAAUUUAUAGACUUACCAUUUGAGUCCAGUUGCUGAUAACCUCCACGUUUACCAUGAAUUUGGAGCCAGCCAAGCCUGAAAUAAAAUCAGCUACCCGUGUGACAGGGGGACCUGCCACGCCUAGGAAAGGACCCCCAAAGUUCAAACAGCGCCAGACCAGGCAGUUUAAAAGCAAACCUCCCAAGAAAGGAGUGCAGGGAUUUGGAGAUGAUAUCCCAGGGAUGGAGGGCCUGGGAACAGACAUCACUGUUAUUUGCCCUUGGGAAGCCUUCAACCACCUGGAGCUGCACGAGCUGGCCCAGUAUGGCAUUAUCUAGACAUUCUUGUAUAUGUCCCUACACAAGCCCUGUUCUGCAGGGAGAAAGCAUGUGUAAGUCUAAAGCAUCCAGCUCUCUGCUUUGAGAUCUGUGCAAUCAUCUUUCUGUCCUGGCACAGAUGCAUGACCACAUCCCAGCUGUUCUCUUUUGUACAUGUGUGCAAUGACCUUACGCAAUUCCACUUACAUGGUUGUCACAAUGUGAGUUUUUGUAGAAGAACAGAGGUUAUGUAAACUUUGUAAUUUCUUUCCUUCUAAAUUAGUAUCAGCCCUGUAAUCCUGCAAAAUGGGCAACCCACAGUAUCUCUUCUUAUCUACUGUUUUAGCCAGCUUCUCCCUCUUCCUAACAUCUCUAAUUCUGACUUUUCUCUAUUCAUUUUCUUUGCUUUAACUCAAAUCCUGGUUUAAUGUAAUAUUCAUUUUUACUGACCCUUCCAAAAAUGUCUGUGAUCAUACUAUAUUUGUCUCUACUUCCAUACUGAAAAAAGCAGAGGCAGAGGAAAUGGGGGGUUGUGAGAUCAUUGGCCCAAAUUACAUUUUGAUUGCUGCUUUAAAAACACUAUUUGUUAUGAAAGAUUGUAUUCUGAACAAAUGCCCCUAGAACUAUAAUAAUAUUCCCCUUAACGCACACACUGGUGGCUCCAGGGCUGCUUCUUGCAUGUCCCAGUGCUGACCCCUAAUGCCUCAUCAACAUUUUUUGUUUUAACUGAGUGCAAUUUGGUUCUGGCUGCUGAAAUUGCACAGUUAAUAUUGUACUAUGAGAGAAAAACAAGUCUAAGCAUAAAUGUGGUAGCAUGCAGCACCCCUGAUCCAGUUGGGUAAAAACUUCAAUCUGCACAAGGCCAAAACCUUACACUCACAUAUUCCUACCUGGCAAUAAACCAAUCCAAUAUAAUUUCCUAUCUAGUUUAUUGUCAAAAGCUUUUAUGCAGAUUAUUAGUUGUCCAUUAUAAAUUAAUCUAUAUUUAGUUUGUGCAGUGCCCAUUAAUCUAUCAAUUCCAUGCUGUACUAAUCCUUCGUGUCCAAAUCACAAAUAAAGCUAAUCUUUGUAUAUGUUCCCCCCCCCAGUGUCUCAGCCCUUUCUCUCCUCCCCAUAUAAAUCUUUUGUAAUCUGUACAAGUAAUCCUUGCACUGCACAACUGUUUUAUAAGAUAAAGGAUAAUGUGUGAGUUUAAAUCCUGUGGCAACAAAAGUGUUUUGAAAAUAAACACAGUGAUACAAAUGA